GAAGAAAAGAUCAAAGCGACCCAUACGCUGGUCGAUAAGAUCAAACGCUCGGCCGACGAGGAUGAAGAAGAGGACGAAGCCGACACCGCGGGCGCCUUCUAUGGAAUGUUCGACAUUCCACUGAAUGGUGUCACCGCCACCGUCGUGCUGCUGGCAUGCACGGCUUUGGCAGCUAUCUCUUGCUAUUGGCUGGUUGAAGUCACCAACGAAACGGCUCACGCGUUGAACGUGCCGGUCUUUUUUGUUGCGGUGAUCUUAGCAGCGGCCGCUUCCAGUGUGCCUGAUACGUUUCUUUCGAUGGGUGCUGCGAUGCGGGGCGACGACUCCGGCGCGGUCUCGAACGUGUUUGGUUCGAACAUCUUCGACAUCUGCAUUUGCCUUUCGAUUCCGCUGCUGGUGAACUCGUAUUUGAUCGGCUGGGAACCGGUUUUGUUGAUUCAAGAUGGCAAACCGAUUGAAGGCUUAGUCGACUUGCGUUUGCUGCUGGUGACGUUCUCGGCGAUCACCCUCGGCGUACUGUGGCACAAGCAUCAAUUGACGCGCGGCAAGUCGCUGUUCCUGAUGUUUCUGUACGCGUUGUUCAUCGCCUACGCAGUUGCCGGAUCGUUCGGUUUCAGCAUCGUCGGCUGGUUUGGUUGGUAG